AUGUCCAACAUCCUUUUCCUCAUGGAGGUCCCCUGGCUUUCUUGCCUCAUUUGUCUGGCUGCAGCGUUGGCUCUUCACGGAGGUUUAAAAGCCAAUAAAUGGCCAUCCUACCCUCCUGGGCCAAAGCCUUUACCCAUCCUCGGCAAUCUACUCCAGCUUCCCAUUGCAAGACCCUGGCUUCGAUUCACGGAGUGGGCGAGGCGCUAUGGAGAUGUCGUUCAUAUCAAUGCUUUCGGCUACCAUAUCGUUAUUCUCAAUUCCAUAAGUGCAGCAAACGCUAUUUUGGACAAGCACUCUCGCAUCUUUUCUGAAAGGCCAAACCUUCGCCUCGUAAAUUUCCUGGGCGGUGACUUUGCCAUUCCAAUGAUGCCUUAUGGCGAGACUUGGCGCUCAAGUCGUGCGGCUCUCCAGCAGAAGCUCCGAUCUGUUGAUUUGCCAACAUAUCGACCGAUGGUGAACGAGAAGGCUCAUGAAAUGGUCCAAGAGUUCAUGAAGACGCCUGACGACUUUUUUGCUCAUAUCAAAAGUUAUGCCGGAGGCGUUACAAUGCAUCUCGCGUAUGGAUACCAUCCAUCCGGAGGUCACGACCAUAUCCUUGAAAUGGCCGAUGAUAUGACACACCUGUUCACGGAUAAUCUGAUCAAAGCGACUAUUUUGCAAGCCUUCCCUCCCCUGUAUCACAUUCUUGAAUGGUUUCCUAGGCACAAUGAGUGGGGAGUACAAGCGCGGAAGAUGGUUGAUAAAGUUCUCGAUCUUCCGUUCCAAUUUGUCCAGAGAGAAAUUAGCAAAGGAACUGCUCAACCGUCGUUCACAUCGGAUCAGUUGGACGAGAUUGGUAAUUUGAGCGGCCCCGAGCUCGAAGAUAAGCACAGGUGGAUCAAGCAGAUCGCAGGAAAUAUCUACAUCGCUGGUACCGAUACGAUGUAUGCCGCUCUACUCUCCUUUAUCCAAUCCAUGGUUCUUCAUCAAGACGCCCAGAAGAAAGCUCAGGCCGAAAUAGACCGAGUCAUUGGGCACCAACGUCUCCCUGAAUUCAGCGACCGCGAGUCCCUCCCUUACGUCGAAGCGUUGUAUAGGGAGGUCCUGCGAUAUCGGCCAAUUACCCCUUUGAGCGUCCCUCACGCUGCAACUGAAGACUUUCUCUAUGACGGUUAUUGUCUGCCAGCAAAAGCUGUUGUGAUUCCAAACGUUUGGGCCAUGACGCGCGAUGAAAGAGUAUAUAGCAAUCCAGACCAUUUCCUCCCUGAACGCUUCUUCACACCGGACGGGAAGUUGAACAAAGAUAAUAUCCCAUUAAGUUACGGGUUCGGCAGAAGGAUAUGCGUGGGCCGCCUUCUCGCCGAGGACACCCUUUGGAUCGCGAUUGCUCUAACACUCGCUACCUGUGAUAUCACCAUGAAGAUUGAUGCGGACGGGCGAGUCAUAGUUGUUGAAGAUAGUAUCUUGCCCGAUAAUUUGGUUAGUACACCUCUACCUUUCGAGUGCAGCAUCAAGGCUCGUUCCGCAAAGGCUGAGAGACUGAUGGAUUCUGUGGAUUUGACUCGUUGGUAA